AUGACAGGUUACGCACUACCGGAUGUUAUUGUCCUUGAAGGUGGUGGGCAUGUUGGCACACUUCUAAACGUUACAUUUCCACCAGGAACUCCUGGAGUUGGUUAUAUGAAGGAAAUUAUUACAAAGGUUGAUAAUAAGAAGCGUGUGAAGGAAACGGAAACCAUUGAAGGAGGAUUUAUAGCACUGGGCUUCAAGCGUAAUAUAACUCAAUACAAAAUUAUUGAGAAAAAUUAUACAUCAAGUAUUAUAAGAUCAACAAUAAAGUAUGAGCUUGAUGAGAAGUUAGCAAAUCUUUCUUCUCUAGCCAACACCAAGCUAGUGGAGACACUUGCAGAAACCGUUGGGAAGUAUCUAACUAAGAAGACUCCUCCUCAUUAG